CGCUUCUUUGCAAUCCAGGCUUUAAAUACUCGGCCAGACUUCACUUGGUGAUCUCAUUCUAGCCCUCAUAUCACCGGGUUACCUGCAUCCUUAUUGUCUUACGGAGACGCCAACAGCUGAGUAACUCCAGGGGAACCCCAGUCCCCCCCCACCUGUAGCCAUGGGGGACGAUAGCGAGUGGAUGAAGCUUCCCAUCGACCAGAAAUGUGAACAUAAGGUGUGGAAGGCCAGACUUAACGGUUAUGAAGAAGCUCUGAAGCUGUUCCAGAGGAUAGAGGAUGAGAAGAGCCCGGAGUGGGGAAAGUAUCUGGGUCUCAUCAAGAGAUUUGUCACAGACUCUAAUGCUGUGGCUCAGCUCAAAGGCCUGGAGGCCGCCUUGGCCUUCGUCGAGAACGCACAUGUGGCUGGAAAGACGACGGGUGAGGUGGUGUCGGGUGUCGUCACCAAAGUGUUCAACCAGCCGAAGGCCCGGGCCAAGGAGCUGGGCAUGGACAUCUGCCUCAUGUACAUGGAGAUAGAGAAGGCCGAGGUGGUUCAGGAUGAGCUGCUCAAAGGUCUGGACAACAAGAACCCGAAGAUCGUGGUGGCGUGCAUCGAGACGCUGAGGAAAGCUCUGAGCGAGUUUGGAUCAAAGAUCGUGACCCUGAAGCCAGUAGUGAAAGUUUUACCCAAACAGUUUGAGUCCAGAGAGAAAGCUGUGAGAGAUGAGGCCAAGCAGCUAGCCAUUGAAAUCUACAAGUGGAUCAGAGACGCUCUGAGGCCGCCACUGCAGAAUAUAAACCCAGUACAGCUGAAGGAGCUGGAGGAGGAGUGGGUGAAGCUGCCGUCCUCCCCUCCCAAGCAGACCAGGUUCCUUCGCUCUCAGCAGGACCUGAAAGCAAAGUUUGAGCAGCAACAAGCUCAGGGAGAGCAGUCUGAUGGAGAUGAGGAAGAAGAAGUGGCAGCAGCUGUGGAUCCGUACGAUCUGCUGGAACCUGUGGAGAUUCUUUCAAAAUUGCCCAAAGACUUCUAUGAUAAAAUCGAAGCCAAGAAGUGGCAGGAAAGAAAAGAAGCUCUUGAAGCUGUUGAAGCUCUGACAAAGAACCCCAAACUGGAGAACGGAGACUAUGGAGACCUGGUCCGAGCCUUGAAGAAGGUUGUGGGGAAAGAUGCGAACGUGAUGCUGGUUUCCGUGGCGGCCAAAUGUCUGGCUGGACUGGCCUCUGGUCUCAGGAAGAAGUUCGGGACAUACGCUGGACAAGUUGUUCCAACGAUCCUGGAGAAAUUUAAGGAGAAGAAACCGCAGGUUGUCCAGGCCCUGCAGGAGGCCAUCGAUGCCAUAUUCCUCACUACGACUCUGCAGAACCUUUCAGAGGACGUCCUGGCUGUGAUGGACAAUAAGAACCCGUCCAUUAAGCAGCAGGCGUCUCUGUUUUUGGCCCGAUCUUUCCGACAUUGCACUCAGGCCACGCUGCCAAAGAGCAUCCUCAAACCUCUCUGUGCCGCCCUCAUCAAGCAAGUGAACGACUCGGCCCCUGAGGUCCGUGAUGCUGCCUUUGAAGCUCUGGGAACGGCCAUGAAGGUGGUUGGAGAAAAGGCUGUGAACCCUUUCCUCGCCGACUUGGACAAACUCAAACUAGAUAAGAUCAAGGAGAGCGCUGAUAAAGUAGAGCUUCCUGGGAGCAAAAAAGGUGCAGCUGGAGGAGCAGCUGCUGACAAGAAACCUGCUGCUAAAGCUGCUCCUGCAGCAGAAGCUCCUUCCAAAUCUUCUGCUCCACCCAAGAAGCCCCAAGCCGCUGCUGCUAGCAAGCCGUCAGCUGGUCCUCCUAAAAAAGGGAAACCAGCAUCUGCAGCUGGGGGAAAAACCAAGAAGACCUCAGACAGUAAAGAAUUCACAGAGACUGAACUAUCGGUUGAAGUGUGUGAGGAGCUGGCAGCAGGUGUACUUCCUGCUUCCUGUCUGCAACAGAUGGACUCCAGCAAUUGGAAGGAGAGGCUGGCCAGUAUGGAGGAGUUCCAGAAGGCGGUGGAGACCAUGGACAAGGCAGCAAUGCCCUGCCAGGCCUUAGUCAGGAUGUUGGCCAAGAAACCAGGCUUUAAGGAGACAAAUUUCCAGGUGAUGCAGUUGAAGCUGCAGGUCGUGGCUCUGGUGGCUCAGAGAGGACAGUUCUCCAAGACGUCGGCCUCUGUGGUUCUGGAGGGCUUGGUGGAUAAGAUCGGAGACGUGAAGUGCGGCGGGAACGCCAAAACGGCUCUGACGGCGAUCGGAGAGGCGUGCUCGCUGCCGUGGACCGCCGAGCAGGUCGUCUCCUUGGCGUUUGCACAGAAGAACCCGAAAAACCAGGCGGAGACGCUGAACUGGCUCGCCAACGCCAUGAAGGAGUUUGGAUUCGCUGGCAUCAAUGUGAAAGGAUUCAUCAACAAUGUGAAGACCGCUCUGGGGGCGACCAACCCUGCGGUGCGGACGGCUGCCAUCGCCCUGCUGGGGGUCAUGUACCUGUACAUGGGGCAGCCGCUGCGGAUGUUCUUUGAAGACGAGAAGCCUGCUCUGCUCACGCAGAUAAAUGCCGAGUUUGAGAAGAUGCAGGGUCAGUCUCCUCCCGCUCCCAUCAGAUCGGUCAGGAAGGCUGCAGCCGAGGAUGAAGGAGAGGAGGGUGCGGAGAACGAAGAUGAUGGAGGAGGAGCAGCACCGGACAUUAUGGACCUGCUGCCCAGGACUGAUAUCAGUGAGAAGAUCACAUCCGACCUGGUUUAUAAAAUUGGAGACAAGAACUGGAAGAUCAGGAAGGAGGGUCUGGAUGAGACUGCAGCCAUCAUCUCAGAGGCCAAAUUCAUCACUACCAACAUCGGAGAGCUUCCUCUGGCCCUGAAAGGGCGGCUCGGCGACUCCAACAAGAUCCUGGUCCAACAGACCCUGACGAUCCUGCAGCAGCUGGCCACAGCCAUGGGCCCCGGGCUCAAGCAGCAUGUCAAGGCGCUCGGGUUUUCUAUCAUCACGGUUCUGGGAGACAGCAAGGCGAACCUGAGGGCGGCUGCCAUGGCAACCCUGCAGGCAUGGGUGGAGCAGACUGGGAUGAAGGACUGGCUGGAAGGAGAAGAUCUGUCUGAGGAGCUGAAGAGGGAGAACCCCUUCCUGCGCCAAGAGGUGCUCGCCUGGCUGGCAGAGAAGCUGCCCACUCUCAGGACGGUCCCCGGGGACCUGAUGCUUUGUAUCCCUCAGCUGUUCGUCUGCCUGGAGGACAGAAACGCCGAUGUGAGGAAGAAGGCUCAGGACGCCUUGCCGACCUUCAUGAUGCAUCUGGGCUACGAGAAGAUGUUGAAAGCUACGGGGAAACUCAAACCUGCCUCUAAGGAUCAGGUGGUAGCCAUGUUGGAAAAGGCCAGAGCCGUGAUGCCGGCCAAACCCGCAGCGCCGGCCAAGGCGGGCGGAGGGAAAGGCUCUGCUGAGCCGAGCAGAGCCCCUUCAGCUUCCAGGUCUGCGGCGGCCAGCGAGGAUGUCAACGACAGCAAACCUGAAGCCAAGAAGGUCAGAGGAGGAGGAGGAGCUGCUAAGAAGCCUCCUUCUCCCUCUGAGGAAGCCCCCCCCUCCAAGGAAAAGGAGAGUAAUGGUAGCAAAAAGCCCCCCGUCAAAGGGAAGGCUGCUGCUGGCAGCCAACAGGGUCCAGCCGGGAAGAAGCUUGCUGCUAAAGUCCUAAAGGACGAAGAGGACAAGUCUGGGCCCAUCUUCAUUCUCAUCCCCAAUGCCAAGGAGCAGAGGAUGAAGGAGGAGAAGCAGCUGAAGAUUCUGAAGUGGAACUUCAUCACUCCUCGGGAUGAAUACGUGGAGCAGCUGAAGAGCCAGAUGGCCGCCUGUUUCACCAAGUGGCUGCUGGACGAGCUGUUUCACCUCGACUUCCAGAGACACGUGAAAGCCAUCGGCGUCAUGAUCGAGAGGCUGAACAGCGAAAGCGAUGCCACCAUCGGCUGUCUGGACCUGAUCCUGAAAUGGGUCACGCUUCGCUUCUUUGAGACCAACACCACCAUCCUGAUGAAAGUUCUGGAAUACCUGAAGCUGCUGUUCACCAUGCUGAACAGGGAGAACUACCACCUGACGGAGUACGAAGCAAACUCCUUCAUCCCCUACCUGAUCCUGAAGGUGGGAGAAUCGAAAGAUGUGGUCCGUAAAGACGUCAGGGCCAUCUUCACCAUGCUGUGCAAAGUUUAUCCAGCCUCCAAGCUCUUCCCUUUCCUCAUGGAAGGAACCAAGUCCAAGAACUCCAAGCAGAGAGCAGAGUGUUUGGAGGAGUUGGGCUGUCUAAUCGAGGGCUACGGGAUGAACGUGUGCCAGCCGACUCCAGCCAAGUGCCUAAAGGAAAUCGCUGUGCACAUCGGAGACAGGGACACUUCGGUCCGGAACGCCGCCCUGAACACGGUGGUGGCAGUCUACAACGUCUGCGGGGACCAAGUCUACAAACUGAUUGGAAACUUAUCAGAGAAAGACAUGAGCAUGCUGGAGGAGAGGAUCAAACGGUCGGCAAAGAAGAUGGCUGCGGCUCCGGCUAAGCAGAGCGCCCCCGAGAAGACGCAGAGGGAACACCCAACAAACCCCAACGCCACCUUCCUCCGUAAGCCAACGCAGGAAGACCCCGGAAAGCUCAACCAGUCCCGUCAGAACGCCCAGCACAACGACCACCCCUCCAUCCCCAAGGAGUUCCAGUUGGACCUGGACAUGAUCGAGCAGGACCAGAGCAACGUGUGCGAGCUGCCGGACCUGGUCCAACACAAGCUGGACGAGCUGCUGGAGCCGCUGGUGAUCCCGGAGCCAAAGAUGCGCUCUGUGUCACCGCACUUUGAUGACCUCCACAGCAGCACCGCCUCCACCAUCAACUUCGUCAUCUCUCAGGUGGCGAGCGGGGACAUCAGUACCAGCAUCCAGGCGCUGGCUCAGAUCGACGAGGUUCUGCGUCAGGAGGACAAGGCGGACGUCAUGUCGGGACACAUCGACCAGCUGCUCAUCGCCACCAUCAUGCAGCUGAGGCUCAUCAACAGCACGCACCUGGCAGACGACCGGCUGGACAAGAGGGACCUCAUCAAGCUGUACAGCUGCAUCAUGGGAAACAUGCUUUCUCUGUUCUCCAUGGAGACGCUGGCCAGGGAGGCAUCCAUGGGCGUCCUGAAGGACCUGAUGCACAGCCUGAUCACGCUGAUUCUGGACAGCAGAGUGGAGGACGUGGAGGACGGGGAACAGGUCAUCCGCUCCGUCAACCUGCUGGUGAUCCGGGUUCUGGAGCAUUCCGAUCAGAACAACAUGUUCAGCGCUUUGCUGGUUCUGCUUCAGGAUACCUUGGUUUCAACAGCCGGGUCUCCAAAGGUGUCUGAACUGGUGAUGAAGUGUCUGUGGAGGAUGAUCCGCUUCCUCCCAGAGACCAUCAACAGCCUCAACCUGGACCGGAUCCUGCUGGACGUCCACAACUUCAUGAAGGUUUUCCCCAAAGAGAAGCUGAAGCAGCUGAAGACGGACGUUCCACACCGGACCCUGAAGACCCUCUGUCACACGCUUUGCAAGCUCACCGGGGCCAAGAUUCUGGACCAUCUGUCCAUGAUAGAAAACCGGAACGAGUCAGAGUUGGAGGCCCACUUGAGACGAACUGUCAAACACACGGGGAACCUGUCUGGAACGAAGAGCGACCGCGGCAAUGAGAGCCACGCAACCUCGAACCGCAGCGAAGGUUCAGAUCGGAACGAUCAGACCUGGUUUUCCCUCCUUCCUUCCUUCUGUGCAUCAGACCCUCUGUCCUUUCUUUCCUCUCUCCGUCCAUCCCCCCUUCCCUCCCUCUGUUUGCCCCUCUCUCCUUCCCUCCCCCCUGUCCUUCCGUCCUUCCUCUGUGGUCUCCAGGUGUCCUCCUGUCUCAUUCCAUUUCAGAUACUGAUCCUAAAUGAAUCCAACAGAAUGAAACGGUCAGAAAUGGCUCCCAUGUUUGUUUUUUACGGGGUCUCCUCUCUGUCGGUCCAGGGUCUCGGAGGGAGCGAGGACGAGCCCCAGCAGCGGCCGGCCAUCUCAUCCCUGCUGUCCUCCAAGCCGUCCGUGGCGUCGUCCACAGACAUGCUCCACAGCAAGCUGUCUCAGCUGAAGGAGUCCCGGGAGCUGUACCAGCAGGAGCACAACCCGCACUCCGGCUCGCCGACGCGCUCGCACGCCCGCUCCGCCUCGCCGGCUGCCAACCUGGACGACCUGAAGAAACGUCUGGAGCGCAUCAAGAGCAACAGGCAGUGAGGCGAAGGAUGGGCGGCGGCCUCCGCACACACAGCCUGACUCCGCCCACUGUGCCUGUGAGACGAAACCAUUACAGCUGCCCCCACCCUCCUGUGUCUGUAUAAUACACCUGAUGCUCCUGUUUCUAACAAUCUGUAAAUAUUUAAGUGUCCUCCACAGCGCCCCCUGCAGGUUAAUCAGGCUGUAGAUACUUGUAGAGUUCUCUUAACACCCUGUUCUUUUAGCAGCGUGACGGCAGAGCAGACCGGCCGGUCCCGACCCACUCGGCUCGCCGUCCCGCUCCAUCUUUGUGGCUUGAAGAGCAUGGCAUGUCUGUUGCUGUUUUUAUGUUUGUGUAAAUAAAGUCGUUUUAAUGAAGCUGCAGUUUGUCCUCCUCGUGUCGGUCCACGGUGAGCCGGACUCGUUCAUUCAAACGACCCUCUUUUUCUAUUUAAUUCAGAACUGCAGUCAUGUUUUGUUGGAGUUAUUGUAUAAUCCACUGUGGAAAACAUAAAUAAAAUCUUUUUUUAACAAC